AUGACGGACCUCGGGACAAUACCACGCUCAGGCAGGCUCUUAGAUCCAGCAGUCUACACAGAACUCCUCGGCCAAUACCUCGACGUGGGCCGCCGCCUCUGCAAAGGAACCGAAGAGCUCUGCACGGACCGCGGUCUCAGGCUAGCGGACACCUCACGGGCCUAUGUGGCAAUGAUGCGGGUCCCUUACGCGCCCUACUAUGACACCAACUUCAUCCUCAAGUACUUUAGAACCGGGAGGGGAUCGCAGGCGCAUAGGGAACAGGCAGAGCUCGAGGGCGCCAGUCUGGAUCACGCCGCCGAAGCCUUCCGGCGUAACAACGUUGGCAGAGCGCCGAGGGUUUACGCCCUUCGCCCGGCGCUGGACCUAAUUGCCAUGGAGUGUAUUCGCGGGAAGGGGUAUCGCGAUAGCUCUUCGGGGUGGUGGACAAAGGAAAGGAUGAUCAAGUUUGUGAGGCAGAUGGCGGUUUUCAGGCUUGCCAUCUUGACCCAGGUGGAGAAUCAGCUCGGGGUUCCCAGGAAUGCCCCACAUGAGGGGAGGGUUGGGCCUUAUUGCUCACACGUUUGGUGGGAAUAUGAUAAGGUUUCUCUGCUCCCGUCCCCCCCUCGCUUUCUCCCUUUCAUCUUUUGCAGCAUAUGAAUCGCUGAGUGGCCGUUGAUCAUCAGAGCAGCACAGGUUCUGGGACUCGAUGGACCGAGGCCCAUUCCCAAACCGCCACGAAAUGAUACUGGCCUCCCUUCGCAGAGACCUAUUGGUAACCAGAUGGAUGUGGCAACAAGGUCGGCCACUCCCAAGCCACUCACACUUCCCCACAUGGGCAGACACGAUAUCGUACCUGGAAACGACAAUCCAGAACUUCGAGCGGGAGCCCCGCCCAACUCGCCCGGAGUUUUUUUCUCUGAACCACAACGACCUUGGACUUGGCUUUAACGUUAUGAUGCGAGGUGGGAAGAUUGCCGCAAUCAUAGACUGGGAGACGGCCUCCUACGACCCUCUCUCCAUGUGCCUCGUCGACUUGACCACACAGACGGAUUAUGAUCCUAGAGAGUGGAGGGAACACGCAGGCCCUAACGGCGAAAACUUUCACGUGCUGCCCUACCGGCUGGAAGCAGACCCUACCGAAGGACGUAUGUCACUCGCCACACGUAUGGGGGCCGAGCGGAAACCUUUCCCGGACUGGGAGAUAAUCGAGAACAACGGCGGGCCGCUCUGCGAGGCGGACUUUUGCGGCGAUGAUUACCCCGAGGACCUGGCCUCCGAUGAGGAUGAGAGCAUCGUGGACGCGGUGCAAAUGCACUGUGACUCGGACGUUGAUGCGGAGGAAGACUGCUUGACCCCUCCCGGCGGUGAGGAUGAUGAUGAAAGGCCCCGGCCUAACCUGCACCGUCUCAAAGGAGAUUGGUACUAUGAACCUGUGUACGCUCUCAUGAAGGAAUUCAUUCGCCACCAUCGCGGGGCGGGCCUGGGACCGAACGGGGAGUGGGGGAAGCUGCCGGAGGAGCACUCUAGGCCCUUGGCGGACUGGGACGAUCCGCUGUUUUGGAGGGUCACGCAGACCCACUUCGAGGGCAGGCAUCGCCAAGUCGUCGACGAAGACAGGUUCGAUGUAGCGGCAGCUAUGGUCGAACAAGCAGUGGCCAAGGCACAUAAAGCGAAGAAGAAGUUCGCCGUACCCUCGCGACCGCGCCGAGUGCCUACUCUCCUGAAUGCCUGGGGCGAUACCGCCGCGACCAGUGAAGAAGAAAGUUCCCCCAGGUCCCCGGGAUCUAGCGCCGGUAUUGCCGACUGGACCAGAAGGCUCAGCCCUCGACGGAAGCGGUCCAUCACAUCCCUAAUGGGUCGGAAGGUCGGCCCGAGUCAUGACCCCAUUCCUCUGACCGCGUUCCCGGGAGCGCAUGCGCCGACCAAAGCGGGGCGGCAGGGGGCUGAGGUGAAUGUCCCGUCCACUAGCGACGACGAGCUUGUAAGGAGUGUGAGGGAUGCGAUUCUUGCGAGGGUUAUGGAGAGAUUGAGGAGUGUGCUAGAUAGUGGAGGGGAAAAUCCGUAG